CCCAGCGCUUCCGGGUCAGGAGGGGCGUUUCCGGGGCCGAGGGGAGAUGGCGGCGACGAUGCGGAUCCAGAGCGACUGGAACCAGGUGCUGAGGAGGAACGAAGGCGAAGCCUGGCUGAGCUGCAGGAGCCCAGGGAAAUCUACUUUGUAUGGCAGCCUGACAUGCCAGGGAGUAGGCUCAGAUGGGAUUCCAGAGAUCUCAGCCUCUGAAGGAUUUUUUGUAAAAGAAAUAACUAAGAAAAGCAUACUCGUUUCUUGCCCUCAUGAAAAUGUUUCCACAAAAUUUUUGGCACCAUACACAAGCUUUUGCAGAAUUCAUCAAAAAAGCAUAAUCUGCAUUGAUAUUUCCAGUGGCGGGGGCCUUGGUGUAUCUUCCAGCACCGAUGGAACCAUGAAAAUCUGGCAGGCGGCUAAUGGAGAAAUAAGAAGACUGUUGGAAGGCCAUGUGUAUGAUGUGAAUUGUUGCAGGUUUUUCCCGUCGGGCCUUGUGGUUCUGAGUGGGGGAAUGGAUGCCCAGCUAAAGAUCUGGUCAGCAGAAGAUGCCAGCUGCGUAGUAACGUUUAAAGGUCACAAAGGAGGUAUCCUGGACACAGCCAUUGUGGAUCGGGGAAGAAAUGUCAUUUCCAGUUCUAGAGAUGGCACUGCCCGCAUCUGGGAUUGUGGGAAAUCUGCUUGCCUAGGCGUUGUUGCAGAUUGUGGUUCUCCUGUGAAUGGCAUUGCUCUGGGUGUUGCUGACAAUACAAUAAAUCUGGGCUCACCUGAAAAUGCACCUAGUGAACGAGAAAUUGGGACAGAAGGGAAAAUCCUGCUGUUGGCUCGGGAAGACAAAAAGCUCCAGGGUGUGGGAUUACAGAGCAGGCAGCCGGUGUUUCUUUUUGUUGGAUCUGAUGCAUUUAACUGCUGUACCUUCCUCUCAAGCAUCUAUCUCCUAGCAGGGACUCAGGAUGGAAAUAUAUAUCAGCUGGAUGUGAGAAAUACAAAGGCUCCAGUUCAGAUCAUUCAUAGAUCAGGAGCACCAGUGCUUUGUCUGCUCCCUUAUAGAGAUGGAUUUAUCGCCAGCCAAGGUGAUGGAACUUGCUUUAUUAUUCAGCAAGAUCUUGAUCAUGUAAUUGACCUCACAGAAGCAGACUGUGACCCUGUAUACAAGGUAGCUACAUGGGAGAAACAAAUCUAUACAUGCUGCAGAGAUGGGAUGGUGAGGAGAUACCAGCUUUCUGACCUCUGACCAUUUGUGGUGUGUGGAAAACAGAUGAACUAAGACACAAGGCUAAAGUCUAGCUAGGUUAGAACCUAGGCCAUGUAGCACUUCAAAUAAAAGCAAUGCUACCUUUCUAGGACUGUACAGUAUAUAUGAAGUGUGUAUAUAUAAGCUUUGAGAACAUUGUUAUGAUAAAAUCUAAGAACAAGGCUGUACAUAGAAUUCUUGAUCUUGUGCUGCUUAUUACAACCAAAGUUUAGACCAUUCUCUUCCAGUAAGCAGCUUGUAGAAGAUGUUAAUGCAAGACCCUUUGUAUCUGCAAUCUAUGUACGGAACUGUUUUCAACAUUCAGUGAACAAUUUUGGUAUUUCUAACAAGACUAUGAUCUUGGGGCUGGAGAGACGAGAUCUGGAGGUGACCAUACUGUAGAAUUGAUUGAAAUAAAGGGAUUGACUUUUGAUCACCCCUUUUCUAGAGAAGUUUGUGCAUUUUCAAGACAGUUAAUUUAAAAGCAAAAUGACUGUGUCCAUGUCACAUUCAACACCUCAUAACCUUUGUUGUGACUCUGUUCUACAAUAAAAAGUGUGAUUUUUGUGAA